UGAUAUCUAUUUCAUUUGUAUUGAUUGUAGUAAUAUAUAUUAUUCAAAGUUAUCUAUUAUUCAAACUGUGAUGAUGUUGAGCUCUAAGGUCCCUUUCAGGGUCUUCUUCCCUGAAAGUUGGUAAUAAAGAUAAUACCUCAAUAAUAAUCUUGAGGGAUGUGUUAUUUAUAUUGAAGAAGCAGAGAAAGAAGCCAUAGUACUGUAUUUCAUGACCUUGUCAGCCCAUUGGUUUGGUUGGUAAUCCAUUUCCAUAAAGAGAAAGGCAGGAUUUAAGGGUGAUCAGAGAAUGCAAUAUAUAACAUCUUUGCUCUUCAGCUGCUUGUGUCUUCGCCUGACAGUAGCUCAUCAGCACUUUUACGAGCCUCUGUGUUCUCUUCAGUCUGUAAGGAAACAAAGCCAAGCAGCCAACAUGACUGAAAACAAAAAAAUGUCCAUGAGCCGGAAACACAGCCUGAAGAGCUUAAUGCUUCAGGUUGCAAGAGACUUGUUAGAAGUUGAAGCUGGAGAGAAAGUGCAAGAGAGGAAGAAGUACAUGGAAGAGCACUGCCCUCCUCUUUGUUUACCCAGCAGCAAGGAGGAGUUACAGGCACUGUGCAAAGAUCUACAUGAAAAGAUUAUAGUUAUUGAUGAAGAGCGAUACAAUCUGGAACACAAAGCCAAUAUGGUUGUGGAUGAAGUUAAAGAUUUGAAUAUAAAAAUUGUAGACCUCAAGGGCAAGUUCAAGAAACCUCCUCUGAAGAAAGUACGUAUGUCAGCUGAUGCUAUGCUUCAGGCUCUACUCGGCUCCAAACACAAGGUGAACCUGGACCUGAGGGCCAACCUGAAACAAGUGAAGAAAGAGGUCAAGGAGGAGGAUAAGGAACUGCGUGAUGUUGGUGACUGGCGUAAGAGUAUUGAAGACAAGGCUGGCAUGGGUGGAAGGAAAAAGAUGUUUGAGACUGAGGCUUAAAUGCACUGACCAGACAUGUGUCUCUUAGUGACAUUAUCAAAAUAGUUCCCAUUUUGCCAG